AUGGCGGACGAUGCAGCUUUGAGCAUACACCAUAUACCAUCACGCGACGGGUUAAUAGUUCGAGUGCAGCCGCCAAAAGACCCGGUGGAUCCUCAACUUCAACAUAUCCCUUGUGAUAUCGUUCUAGUUAUAGAUGUUUCCGGCAGCAUGCAAGCCCCUGCUCCGGCGAAAAUGAUAGGAGACGAUGGGAAACCAAGUUCUGAGCAUUUCGGGCUCUCGAUUCUUGACAUGGUGAAGCAUGCCGCACGUACGAUUCUAAGUACGCUGAAUGAAGGCGAUAGACUUGGUAUUGUGACGUUCAGCAGGGAAGCGCGGGUGAUUCAGAAAUUGUUACCGAUGACGCCUGAGAAUAAAGAACUAACUCAGAAGAACAUUGAAGGCAUGAAACCUGACAGCGUAACGAAUCUCUGGCAUGGAAUCCGGGAAGGCAUAAAUCUAUUUGACGGAGAGGAGAACACAGGCCGAGUGCCGGCAGUAAUGAUAUUAACGGAUGGAUUACCGAAUUAUAUGUGCCCUAGCCAAGGCUACAUCUCUAAGAUACGCAGCACCUGGGAAGCUCUCCCCGCGACUCUUCAUACUUUCGGGUUUGGUUACGAGAUAAGGUCCGGCCUGCUGAAGUCCAUUGGAGAAAUUGGCAGCGGCAACUAUUCGUUUAUUCCUGAUGCGGGCAUGAUAGGGACCGUUUUCGUUCACGCGGUUGCUCAUCUUCAGACGACGUACGCAACGGGAUGUACCCUUCAAAUCACUACACCCAAGGGUACUCGCUUAAGAACGACAGCGGGUAAGGUUAUCGACAGACAGGAUCAAGAGGAAGCAGACUUUAAUAGACUUGUCAUCAAGCUCGACAAUUUACAAUAUGGCCAGUCUCGAGAUAUAUAUCUGGAGAAUAUUAAUAGCCAAGGUUACAGAGCCGCAUUUGACUCUUCCUUAAAGGAAACCGAUAUUGUAGGGGAGCUCAGGUACUCGCGGAUGAGAGCCGCGGAGUUUUGCGUCUUAGCCAACUGCAUCGCAUUUGAUGCGCCGGUACCUCAAAUCGCCUACCAUCAGAGCCGAUCGAUGAUAUGCGACUUCCUCUCCUCCUUAUUCUCACUCCAAACCGAUGGCGAAUACAAGACUUGCAAGGAUAUCAACUUGGAGCACUACCAGCAAGCAUUCCAGAAGCUAUUAGACAAUAUUCCCGCCAAGUUCUUUGACGAUGAUUAUAAUAAAUCUCUAAUGGCGGAUCUGGUGGGUGACCUUCCGUCCGGUCAAGUAAAUCUCGCUCUAUCCAAACCGGAAUAUUUCCGUCGAUGGGGGUGCCAUUACUUCUUUAGUCUAUGGAACGCGCAUUCAAAACAACUAUGCAAUUCCUUCAAGGAUCCUGGCCCCUUGAUGUAUAACAAGAACCAGUUCUUCGCUAAAUGCAGAGAUGCUCUCGACAAAGCAUUCGACACCAUACCACCGCCGAAGCCGUCGUGUGCCAGGGUGGCUACUACAAGAUACAUAGAUAUGUCUAGGCUCAAUUCGAGAUUCAUGCCUUGUUUCACGGGUUCGAGCAAAGUUACGCUGGCUAGCGGUCGAAAGGUGCCUGUUCGGACCUUGCGAAAAGGCUCGCGAGUACGCACGCCCGUCGGAAGUAGAUGGGUCGCGGCUGUGGUGAAGACAUUGGUCCAUAGGACCGCCAUGUGCAAAUUCGGCGAUCUCGUCGUCACACCUUGGCACCCGAUCCGGAUAGAUGGCAUGGCAUCCGGAUGGAUUUUCCCUGCCGAUUUGUUGCUUGGGCUAGACCAUGGCCGGGUUGUGACUUACUCCGGAGCAAUUUACUCGGUACUUUUACAACCGGAUCUCGACACCGAGGCCCACGCUUUGGAAAUAGGAGGUAUGUGGGUGGUUACUCUAGGUCACGGCGUGGUACGAAACGAUGAUGUCCGCGCCCACCAAUUUCUGGGAGAUUAUGGGAAGGUAACGAAGUCUAUUGCGACUCUCUCGCAUGGAACAGACGGUAUUGCGCUGUCUGGUGGGGUGGAAAGACGGGAUGGCGACGGUUUAGUUUGUGGAUUUAAAAAGUAUCUACCUUGA